AAACCUUGUGAGGUUAUGUUGAGAAAACUUGUUUCUCUCUUACAGGAUCCAACUUACUGGGUGAAUAUUCACCACCUGGAGUAUACAGAUGGAGGAAUCCUGGACCCUGACGAUGUGCUGGCAGAUGUUGUGGAAGACAAAGAUAAGCUGAUUGCUGUUUAUGAUGAGCAAGAACCUCACCGUAAGUCUGAUGGCACCAAUGGGAAUGUGACAGACAGAAGUAGCCCGGACCUGUUUGAGGCAGAGGUAGCAGCUCAGCUGGCUGCCUUUCAACCAAUUGGGGGCGAGAUUGAAGUGACUCCUUCUGCCCUGAAGCUUGGCAUGCCACUUCUGGUACGAAGGAGCAGUGAUCCAGCUUUGGGCCCACCUGCUGACUUCCACCCAAGUGCCUCUCAUCCCAGUGACCUACACAAACAUGCUGUGGCAGGUGCUCCCCAGGUAUCCUUUGAGGAUGGGGAAAUGAACCUUGCAGGACCUGCAGAACUGUUGUCAUCACAGAGGGCCCGUCUUCCUGUAAGUGAAAUGACCAAAACUGUGGAGAUUUCUGGGGAAGGUGGACCCUUGGGAAUACACGUAGUGCCCUUUUUCUCAUCUUUGAGUGGAAGGAUGCUGGGACUUUUUAUCCGUGGUAUUGAAGAAAAUAGUAGAUCUAGGCGUGAUGGGCUUUUCCAUGAGAAUGAAUGCAUUGUGAAGAUCAACAAUGUGGACCUCAUAGAUAAAACAUUUGCACAGGCUCAGGACAUCUUCCGCCAGGCAAUGAAAUUUCAAAAUGUCAUUUUGGAAGUCCUUCCUCCUUAUAAUCGAGAACAAUACGAGAAGUCUGCUAUUGCUCCCCUUUGUUUUCUGCAUAAUGAUGAAGAAGUUCCAAAAACAAAGAUUCCACCUCCCGUUCAUCCGAAACCUACUCUGAAAACAAUUAACCUUUCUGGAGCAGGCAGCUUGGAUGCUGGUGUACAGGCAACGCUACAAGCUAAGAGCCCCAACCUCCCACGUCUGGGUAGAAAACCAUCUUCACCCUCACUGUCUCCCCUUAUGGGCUUUGGCAAUAAAAAAAAUGCAAAGAAAAUAAAGAUAGACCUGAAAAAAGGUCCUGAGGGACUUGGUUUCACUGUGGUUACCAGGGACUCUUCAGUACAUGGUCCUGGUCCUAUUUUUGUGAAGAAUAUUUUACCAAAAGGCGCAGCAGUAAAAGAUGGUCGUUUGCAGUCAGGCGACAGGAUCCUGGAGGUGAAUGGACGGGACAUCACUGGCAGGACACAGGAAGAGCUUGUAGCUAUGCUGAGGAGCACAAAGCAAGGGGAAACUGUCUGUCUGAUCGUAGCUCGUCAGGAGGAGGCCUUUCUACCUCGAGAGCUGAAAGGAGAGCCAAACUGCAGUAUUCUUUCUCCAGAAACCACAGAGCAGCUGACCUUUGAGAUUCCUCUGAACGAUUCUGGCUCUGCUGGACUUGGUGUGAGCUUAAAAGGCAACAAAUCUCGGGAGACUGGAGCUGACCUUGGGAUUUUCAUCAAAUCCGUUAUUCACGGAGGUGCUGCUUUUAAGGAUGGUCGCUUGCGAGUAAAUGAUCAACUUGUUGCAGUAAACGGGGAGUCGCUUCUGGGCAAAUCAAAUCACGAGGCUAUGGAGACACUGAGGCGCUCCAUGUCCAUGGAGGGGAACAUUCGCGGGAGAAUCCAGCUCGUAGUUCUACGGAGACUGGAGGCACAAACAGAGGAUCGCUUGGACCAGGGUGUCUGUCAAAAAUCAGCAUGUGAUGGGAGUCAUAACUUUGCAGCUGUUUCCCGACGCAAUGGUGCUGUUCUUCAGCAAUUUGUAAACUGUGGCCCUCAGGAAAGAAUACAAGAGUUGCCAGUGUCUGACUGUGGCAAUUGUGAAAAUGAAACUCCUCCACCUCUGCCACCACACCCUAGUGAGGAUCUGCUGAAUGAGGAUCAUAACCAUAGCCCUACCAUAAAUUCAGCAGUGUAUUUAGCAGAUCAGCACAUCAACUUCACAUCUUUGACACCAGCCAAGCAGUCUGAAUCAAUUAAUCUGAAAGCCUCAAAAAGCAUGGAUCUGGUGGCAGAUGAAAGCAAAGUUGGUUCCUUGGCCGGACACAGAUCAGGUGCUUCUGGCAAGGAUUUUGGUCCUACGCUGGGAUUGAAGAAGUCCAGUUCUCUUGAGAGUCUUCAGACUGCUGUAGCUGAAGUUAGGAAGAAUGAUCUCCCUUUUCACAGACCCAGGCCCCAUGUGGUCCGUGGUCGGGGGUGCAAUGAGAGUUUCCGAGCUGCCAUUGACAAGUCUUAUGAUGGACCUGAGGAUGUAGAAGAGGAUGGUUUCUCUGAUAAGAGCUCUCACUCUGGUCAAGAAGCUCAGAACAUGGAAUCUGUCCCUCCAGGGAACCCUGAAACAGAAGAUGUUGAAACCAAAGUGAAAAAAGACAAAAAAAAUAGGGAGAAAGAAAAGAAAAAAGAAAAGGGCAAAACUAAAAUCAAAGAGAAGAAAAGGAAA